GAAAAGCCCCUGAUAAACAAACUGCAUCUGCUGAAGGUGCAUAGACAGCUCGUGGACAAUUUGAAUCAAUAUGCCAAUAAACUAGAGGAGAAGAUAGAUACAAUGAGAAGGCUAGUCCUGCAGCUGGAAAGUCCUUUGCUGCUAGCCAAGGACCCAGAGAUGGAGUUUCUCUACAAUCCUCUACACAGCUAUUCUCUCACACGGCAAAUGCACUUCGACUGGCCCCAAGUGGAGAAGCUCAUGGAGCAGAGAGCGGGUCUGGAGCAAAUUGAUUUUCUCAAGCAAAUGCGCGACGAGCUGCCUCAGCUUGAGGAUGUCAAGGAGGCAGUGGCUGCUAUUUACAGGGUACAGCAAAUCUACAAGCUCCAGCCAACCGAUAUAGCUAACGGUUUGCUCGAUGGAGUUUAUGUGAAUUCACAGCUUUCGAUCUCUGACUGCUUUGAGGUGGGAGCAAACUUGUUCGAGGCAUCGCAGUUCACAGAUGCAACUUCUUGGUUACAACUUGCUAGAGACUUGUGGGAUCAGUCCCCGAUAGCACCUUAUGAAUUGUUAACCGUCCCACGUACUCAUAUAUCCUCACUCUUGGCGAGAUCCGUAAUGGCAGCUGGUCAGUUAGUUCAACUCCAACAAAUGCUAAGCUUGACUUACUUUAUCUUCAUAUAGG